GCUACUUGCUUGCUUGGUUUCUCACUUUCGCUUUUGCUCUCUCCCACUCUCUCUCUUGCAGAUACCAUCAAUUACGAGAAGGAUAUCAUCAAUUACAGGAUAGACUUAACGAAUAUCAAACAUUUUGUGAGCAUAAAAUUGAUGGACCGUAAAGUAAGUGAUCGCCAUAUUUUGGUUAUGAGCCUACAACCCCAAUCCAUUAGAUUUUGGUAUAUGUGUGGGCCAUGUUUGCCUAAGGAGCUCGUGAUGGAUAAAGUUUUCUUAUGUUGGUAUUUAAGAAAUAAGGAAAGGUCUUACCCUCACCCUAAUUCAAUGUGGUUGCCCAUCAAGUCACAUAUCCAAAAAAGGGAAAAGGGUAGUAAGCUUGAUCUCUUGGGAUGUUACAGAACUCUUCGGACCCUACUAUGGAUUCCAUGGUGCAAGGCAUUAACUCCACUCAAAAGAACUUCAGAUACAAAAAUUGUAUUGAAAUUUGUUCAAGUUCAUUCAAAUCCAUUCACUCAAAUCCAAAUCCAAGAUCUGAAAUCUGUCCUCCCACAAACAAUAAAGCCUUCCUUGAAGUGUUGCCACAAAUGAAAGCCCAGGCAGCCACGUGGCACAUUGCAGAAGCAUUCCCGCCCAUUCUGAAGCUGACAUGGCGUGCUGUGUGUUACAACUUGCUCGCAUUAAAGCCCGGGAUAGUCCUAAGCACAAUCUCACCUGGCUGGAGGCUGGAGCCUGGAGGAAUGGAUAGCAUGAUCUUGGCUGAUCUUUUGGCUGGUAAAAAUAAGAAGAAAUUACAAUCUAUAGCUCAGAAGGGAACUGCUGGUAAAAGCAAGAUCCCAGAAGCAUCCAUAAAAGGUCAUGUCAAGGGGAAAGUUGGUGGUUACCGUGGCAAGUCUAAGGGAGAGAAAUCUGUAGUGGAAAAGGACAAUAAAGGUAGUGUUGCAGAGAAAAAUAGAAAAGUAGAUAAUGAAGAAAGUUGCAGGACUCCAAGAAAGCGCAAGCGGGGUGCUGAUGAGGAAAUGGUGCAGGCAUUCUUUUCUUCGAGUAAAAGUUCUAGGCUUCGGCCAAGAAAAGAGAUGCCUGCCUUUCGAAAGAUUGAACUGAAUGAUGGUGAUGACGAAAAAAUUAUCGGGAAGAGAAUUAAAGUUUAUUGGUCAGGAUCAAGAAGAUGGUUUAUCGGUCGAGUUAAGUCUUUUGACAACGAAAAGAGUCUACACAAAAUUCAUUAUGAAGAUGGAGAUAAGGAGGACCUAGACUUGCGGCAGGAGCUGUUUGAGCUCGAACUUAUACCUGGCGAUAGCUUCACGCUGAAAAAUGAACCCAUUUCAGUCAGAAAAACAAAGAGUUCUGAUGGUGGCAAGCUGAGUGCAGAAGCCUUGAAGGAGGACUCAGUUAAGGUGGCUGAUGCUGAAAAAGUGAAAAAGAAUCAUGGGAGAAAGAAGAACAAAAAGGCAAAGCAGGCUGUGAAAAUUGGCAGCUCAAAAUCUCAGAGGAGAAAAGAUAACAUUGUCAAGAAGACUGAUGACCAUGUUAUGGAAAUGGAUGCUGGUUCUGGGAAAGACCACGACAAAUCUGAAUGUGUGUCAGAAAUGGCUAUGGAUGUUAAUGAAGCUCCAAAAGUGCAAGCUAUCAAACCAGAAUCCAAGAUUGGCAUUCAUUUGAAGAAACGGGCGACUCAAAAAGCUGUGAAAGGGAAAGGUUCUAAUUUGCAGAGAGGGGAAGAUAGCAAACCGGCGGAGAAUCCUGCUGCAAACAUGGAGAUUGAAACCAAUGUUGAAGAUGCUCUAGAUGUUCUAGAUGGCAAGACAGAACCUGUUGCAAAACAUGUGAAUGAAAAGGAUGAUAAAGAAAUUGGUCCAGACAUUUGCAAGAGAGAGGAGAUCGGGCGUGAUGCAGAAAAGCGGACCACUUUAAAGAUAAAACUGGCAACCAAGGGUGCAAUAUAUAGAGCAAAGGAUGACAUGGUGGGUCUAUCUGCAGAUGCGAAACUUGCGGCUCAUGCUGAACAAGUGGAGGAAAUAGUGAGUUCCAAAGUCAAUGUGGAAGGACCUGGCGAUGUUAAUCCUGCAAGAAGUAACAAGGAUGAAACAGGAUCCCUGUUGGGAGGAGUCAGCGAGGGAACCUGUCAAGUACCUGCUAAUUUGCAGCGUGCACUGGAUGUCAAGAACAGUGAAUCUUCAGGAGAGUUACUAAAGGAGUCCUCUGAAGGGACAGUGAAGACCAGCAUUCUGGGCCCAGAAGAGCUGGCUGAGAAGCAGGAUGGGGCUGGUGAUACCCAUGUGGACUUGACCAGCAGGAUAACAGCAAAAGCAAUGGAAGGUGGAAACAUGGAAAAUGCUGAGAGCCAGAAAAACUAUUCCAGAAGGGGACGAUCUAAAGUCCGAACACAAUGAAAAUGUUGCAUUGAGAUAUGAAGCUCAUUUUGAAGUGCGAGAAGGCAUUAUAUUUGGGUUUUUUUUUUUUUUUUCCAAAGGCUUCAAUCCUGAGAGGAACCGAGGCUUGCAGGGAUGGUGCUUGAUAUCAUUCAACAUUAUAGGUUUCUUUAACCCAUUUAGCCUUUACAUUUUCUUUCUUCAUUUUUUAGAGAUUAGGUAAAGAAACUCCUUUGUAGAGUAUUUGUUGUCAGGUUUCUUCUUCCUAUCGUCUCUUUGCUACAAACUGCUUGGUUAGGGAUGCUGAACAGUAUUUCAUUUUCCUUUGCAAAAUCUGAGAAUGUACGAAUAGUUCUGAGCCAAUGAUCCGUGCUUUUUGAUCAAGCACUGAAGUUGUUAACAAUUCCAGUAUGUUAUGCCGUCCAUGUUAAUGUACUUGAUAGUUGUGAUGGAAAUUGCUGGUAUCUGAUUCGAUCA